AUGCCGUCUAAAAGAAACGACAUCAGGAUCUCCCGUAAAUUUGUACCGAAUCCUGGAUCACUAAAAACGACAAAAAAAGACAGAUAUAUCCGGCCCAUAAGCAGUGCAAAGUCGAAAAACAUUGACAGCGAUCAGAUCCUAACCACUGAUAAGGUUCCUGUUGCUAAAGAUAACCGUAAUUCUGAGAGAAAAACAUCGAGAAACUCCGCUGCCUCCAACUUGGGCUCCAGUCUGAAGUCAAGAGUCAUGUCAGAUCCAAAGCGAAAGCCUACCGAUACAAGUGACAGCCGUCUAACAUUAUCUGAACAAAAGCGUAAACGCUCAGGGGCUGAAAACUAUAUAAACAAAAGGUUUUUGUAUGACGUUGUGGAACCUCCUAAGCGUAACCGCCAGAAAAAGUUCUUACACUUCACAGACCGGUCAACAGCUGCUCUCAUGGCUGUUUCCUCCGCCAACCUUCUUAAGAAACACAAGUCGAAACAUAGUGUUUCCUCACAAAUCCCUAGAGACCGUGAUUUGUAUCCUCAUGUUAAAAGCCGACAUGGUCGACGUCUCAAGCCAAAGCAUGAGUACAGUCCUUCUCAAUCAGCUGAUGAACAUCCUUCUUUUGAUCAACCACUCUCCACUGACAGUAGUUGGAAACCUAUCAGAAAAAACAAGGCUUUAUCACAAGCAACUAAAUCGCGACUUGAACACAAAUCAGACACGACCAACUAUAAUAAACAUGACGAUUACAAGAAAGAUUACUAUUCGUCCGACGAAGAUCAGGGAGGUAGUGAACUUGGAGGAAUUCUCUCAUCUAAGACCUAUUAUCCCGAUGCAUCGUGUAUAUCAACUUAUUCUGAAAUAUUCAGUGAACUUCAGAAACCAGAGCAACUUAUUCACAGUCGAAACCCCGAUACAAUGGAAAAUCAUGGAAGAUCGGGAUCAUCUAGAAUAAAAAAUCGUUCCAACCUUAGACGUGUACUCAGUCCAAGCUGUAACCAAAAAGAGCCUACCAAUUCAUUUUUACGGCAAACUGUGUUUCGUUCCGAUGAGAUUUCUCCUCCUAUUGAUCGACACACCACUAAUAUACUUGAUUUUUGCAUUAGUUCGAGUGUCGAUCAAUUCCCACAUUUAAGGACCAGUUUAGACAAAACAGCUAUACACGAAGAUGAUCUGGAGUCUGUAGAAUCGCGUGGACUCGUUAAUAGACGAGUUCAACAGUCUCAAGAGGAACUGGAAGAGGAUUUACUUGCUCCAGAACUCUCCAUCAUUACGGGCUCAAACACUGCUACCAGUUCUGAUGGUGUAUUAGUCUCUACAUUGACAGAUACUGGAGCAAUGUUAUCUUGUAAUUCAUCUUCAGGUAGCAGUCGACGAAAAUCUCCUGUUAGACCAAUGCAAGUGCUAAGAACAAAAACCACUCAUACUUCUACAACCGCAGCACCUAGUAAUGCAUCACCAACUAUGUUAGUUACAGGUUCUGAUAAUAGCCCGUUUGUCUUCACAUCGCCAUCGGUGGUUACAAAUACUGUAUAUAGCAGGUCGUUAUCAGACUUAGAUAUUGGCCAUGAUGGAGAUGUGUUAACAACUGGAAUAUGCUCUGUUUUGUCUGGUAACAAUUCACAAUCGCUCGGUGAAUCUAAUCAGUCCUUAGAAAACACUUAUGUUGUGAACAAUUCGGAAUUAGAAAUUCACUCAAUAAGUGAUCAUUCACAUCAAAUUUUAUCUUCUGGAUCGUCUCUAGCAUUAACAUCCAUUAGUUCUGUUAAUCAAGUUCCAGUGUGUAUUGAUAGUCCAAAUGUAUCAAAGGGAAAUACAACAGUUUCGUCAGGCUUAUUGCCAUCACUUCUUACACAGUCUACUACCCGCCCAGUUUCGGUCGUUCAACAACCCAUCAUCUCUCGUGUUUUUAUGGCGCCAAAUACAACACGUUCAAUCACAACUCCUGUGACGAAACCUGUCAUGUCAGUUCCUCAUUCUACCCUUACUUCAGUUUCUUCUCGACGACGUCCUACUAUUUUAAAGCGAACACUAGGAACAGUCAACUCAACAACCUCAAAUUCGUUGGUCACUUCACGACCGACAGUUUUCGAAACGUCCGAUAAUGAUGUUGAUUUGUCAACAUCCUCUAGUCGUAAUAUUAGUGUAUUUAGUCCUGGCAGUACUGGACAAUUACAGAAACCUGUCAGUUCAUUAACUACGGAAGAGUCUGGACCUUCUGUAAAUCUGACCAACACAUCUACUAAAUUAUUACAAUUAGUUACUUCUACUACUACAUCAACUUCAGAUCGUUUAAAUCUUAAUCAAACUGCUAGUGAUCGUUUGUUUGGUAAGCGUCUUAUUGCUCACAACAGAAACGCAUCACAUACUCCAAAUAAUGCAGUGUCAAAUACCACUCAGAAUUCAGGGACAACUCAUCACCAGAGUCCAGCUCCAACAAAUACAACAAUUAAUACUGCAACUCCUUAUCGAUAUGCUGUUGUACGAGGUUCAGCAGAUGGCAAACAAUAUGUUUUGAUUAGCAAUCCUCGUAUGGUUGAUCAGACAGUUCAUGAACAACCGGUUGUAACGUUGACUACAACUGUAAAUGAUGCACCCCUAGAACCUAUUUACGUUUCAACACCAGUUGGUGAAAAUUUCAAUUCUCAACAAAUUUUUUCUGUUGAUUCCGGUGUAUCAAGAGCUUUCAAAGUUGAAAUCAAUGGUGCUCAUUUAAUUCGAAUGAAUCCUGAAGGGCAUUCAAUAUCUGGAAAUGAUCGACAAAUUAGAACAAUUUAUACUACUCCACAAAGUGCUACAACUUUGGCAGCUACAUAA